UGCCAAAUCGUUCAUCUCUAAUUCACGCGCUGACUCCGCGCGUGUGUUGUCCGAUUUCCAAACCCUAGAGAUGAGUGACAGUGGGCAGUGGCCACUGUGCUACGAGUAGAGCCCGUGAAGAUUGUUGGGAGCGUCAAACAACCCCCAAUUUCACCUCCGAUUCUUCACCGUUUCUUCUUCUCAUGUAGAUCCUUAGCCUCACACUUUCCCUUCAUCAGAGUUCACCUUCAGGGAGCACCUUCCAUUUUCUUCUUCAGGUAUUGUAAUAAUUUUUCCUGGGAGAAAUUGUUAUGGCUCAGAGCUCUGAUGAGGAUACUGAUAUAAGUGACUCUGAAAUCACUGAAUACGAAGAUAAAUUUUAUGAAGAACUGCAAAAUGGAACCCAUGAUGUGAAAACCUCGGAUGAGACUUACACUUGCCCGUUCUGCCCUAAAAAGAGGAAACGGGAUUAUUUGUACAAGGAACUCCUUCAACAUGCUUCUGGGGUGGGUCAGAGUAGCUCACAAAAGAGAAAGGCAAGAGAGAAGGCUAAUCAUUUGGCUUUGGUGAAAUAUUUGGAGAAGGAUGCUAUGGCCGUGGAUGUUCCAUCAAAACCUGUGGACGAAGGCAAACAUGACGUUAAUUCUGAUGAGCAGUUUGUGUGGCCUUGGAUUGGAAUUGUAGUUAAUAUUCCUACUAGACGGGCAGAAGAUGGACGCUGUGUUGGUGCAAGUGGUUCCAAGCUGAGGGAUGAGUACAAAAGCAGGGGUUUUAAUCCGUUUAGAGUCAAUCCUCUAUGGAAUUUCCGGGGUCACUCUGGAACUGCUCUUGUGGAGUUCAAUAAAAACUGGCCAGGGUUUGAUAAUGCAUUGGCAUUUGAAAGGGCAUAUGAAACAGAUCAUCAUGGGAAAAAAGAUUGGUUUGCUAAGUCUGAGCAGAAGUCUGGUCUUUAUGCAUGGGUAGCCCGAGCAGAUGACUAUAACGCCAACAAUAUCAUUGGGGAAAAUCUGCGAAAGAUGGGGGAUGUCAAAACCAUAUCUGAACUGAUGGAGGAAGAAGCUCGAAGGCAGGAUAAACUUGUGUCCAAUUUGACUAACAUUAUUCAGGUCAAGAACAAACACUUACAAGAGAUAGAAGUAAGAUGCCAUGAGACAACGCUCAAAAUGGACAUGGCAAUGGAGGAAAAAGAUAAGCUCAUUCAAGCUUAUAAUGAAGAGAUAAAGAAGAUACAAUCAAGUGCAAGGGAUCACUUUCAGAGGAUCUUUAGUGAUCAUGAAAAGCUUAAGUGGCAACUAGAAUCUCAGAAAAGUGAGCUGGAGUUGCGAAAAGUCGAACUGGAAAAGCGUGAGGCGCAUAAUGAAAGUGAAAGAAAGAAGUUGGCAGAAGAGAUUGAGGAGAAUACAUUGAGAAAUAGCUCUCUUCAGAUGGCUGCUAUAGAACAACAGAAAGCUGAUGAAAAAGUGUUGAAAUUGGCUGAAGACCAAAAGAAGCAAAAAGAAGAACUCCAUGCUAAAAUCAUUCAGCUUGAAAGACAAUUGGAUAUGAAACAAAAGCUUGAAUUGGAGAUUCAGCAACUUAGAGGAUCAUUAAGUGUGUUGAAGCACAUGGAAGAUGAUGAUGAUGCAGAAGUUUUGAAGAAAGUAGAUGAUUUACAUAUGGAUUUAAGAGAAAAGGAACAAUCACUUCAAGACAUAGAUGCAUUGAACCAAACACUAAUCGUUAAAGAGCGUAAGAGUAAUGAGGAGUUGCAAGAAGCUCGAAAAGAAUUGGUGGAGGGCCUUAAAGAGCUACCAGCUCAGGGCAAUAUUCGUGUAAAGAGAAUGGGACAACUUGACGGUAAACCAUUCCUUGAAUUUUUUGCGAGAAGAUACAAUGAGGAAGAGGCUGAAGAGAGGGCUUCAGAACUCUGUUCGUUGUGGGAAGAGUAUUUGAAGGACCCAGAUUGGCAUCCAUUCAAAGUUAUCACAAUUGAUGGGAAAGAAACGGAAAUUAUAAAAGAAGAUGAUGAAAAGCUGAAUGGACUGAAAAAUGAGAUGGGUGAAGGAGCAUACAAUGCAGUGGUGGCAGCUUUGACUGAGAUAAAUGCAUAUAAUCCUAGUGGGCGUUACAUAAUCUCAGAAAUAUGGAACUAUGCAAAGGGAAGGAGAGCAACUUUAGAAGAAGGAGUAGAAUUUCUGAUACAAAACUGGAGAUCACAAAAACGAAAGCGAGGAGGAUGAGGAUGAAGUGAAUAUUGGACUUAACAUAUUGCAUUCUAAGAGAGGUUGCAUGCAUCAACACUGGGAGGACUGAGGAGGGCUGCCACACCACUUGGUUGUUUAUGGUUCUAAGUAAAUUAUGAAAUUUGUAAACAAUUUAUUUCGUUUGACACUUUAUGCUUCAUUGGGCAUAUCUUGCCGAAUCACGAGAAUGAAACUGCACUCGUUGCGGCAGCCUUUUGGGCUGUCUCUGCCAUGUGAAUGACAUAGAUGUAAUAUUCCUUUUUCUCCCGUUAGUCCCUUUAUUUGUCUUGUUGCCAUUUUGGUAAUCAUUGCCUUUCCCA